AUGGGCGAUGGGGUCGCUGAGCGAGACCUCGGCCCCGCGCGCCGGGUGGAAUCUGGUGGCGGCCGUGGGCGCAACGGAGACCUCGGCGGAUCCGAGGACUUACGAACUGAUGAGGCUGGCCGAAGCCCAAGGGAGAUUGCGGGAACCUCGGCUUCCAGCCCCGCAGGCUCCAGAGAAAGCAGCGCCGACAGCGACGGGCAGCCCGGGCCCGGGGAGGCGGACCAUUGCCGCCGCAUCCUGGUACGAGAUGCCAAGGGCACCAUCCGAGAAAUUGUCCUGCCCAAGGGCCUGGACCUGGACCGACCCAAGCGGACACGUACCUCCUUCACAGCCGAGCAGCUGUACCGCCUGGAGAUGGAGUUCCAGCGCUGCCAGUAUGUGGUGGGCCGCGAGCGCACCGAGCUGGCCCGCCAGCUGAACCUCUCCGAGACCCAGGUGAAAGUCUGGUUCCAGAACCGCCGAACCAAGCAGAAGAAAGACCAGAGCAGAGACCUAGAGAAGCGGGCAUCCUCUUCAGCCUCUGAGGCCUUUGCCACUUCCAACAUCCUGCGGCUGCUGGAGCAGGGCCGGCUGCUCUCUGUGCCCAGGGCACCUACCCUCCUGACGCUGAGCCCCAGCCUGCCAGACCCACCUCCUGGCCACAGGGGCACCUCCUUGGGUGACCCCAGGAACUCUUCUCCAAGUCUCAAUCCUCCGACCUCAGCCUCGGCAUCCCCCCCGCUGCCACCCCCUCUGCCAGCCAUCUGCUUUUCCACAGUCCCGCUUCUGGACCUGCCUGCCAGCUACGAACUGGGCUCCUCAGCCUUUGAGCCCUAUAGCCGACUAGAAAGGAAAGUAGGCAGUCCUGGUGGCAUUGGCAAGAAAGCUAACACAUAA